AUGGGCGCCUACCCGAGUGAGGCAGUGCCCACGCCGUUCACCAGCCUGACCGGAGGCAACCUGGGCGACUCGUCGCCCAACCCCGUACAGCCAAGUGGCCAGUUUGAUAUGGGCGCGUGCCAGGCCUUAGCCACCAGUAUACAGCAGGCCAUGCAGCAGGCCGCGGUCAGUGAGAGCACGUGCUCAACCAAGUAGCGCUCGCCGAGGGGCAAUUUGUGUGGGCUCUGGUGUGUGUGGUGGUGUGCGUGCGUGUGUGUGUGUGUGUGUGUGCAGGCACCGGCUGUCGAUAACAGGAGCGUCUUCUGCCAGCUGAUCACCACAUCCGACCGCAACGUCCAGCACGUGUCCGAGGUGGACAGCAUCAAAGCAGACCCUCUCUUUCUCCAGCACCCAGCACUCGGCCGGCUGGCCGACGUGGUCAAAAGGCUGGAGGAGCAGCUGCGGUCCCAGGGACAGCUGCUGGAAGGAGACAUGCUCGCCCACUACCUAGACGGCUCCAUGCAGCGCGACCUGUGCGCAGCCCUCGCCAUCGAAGUGCGCAAAGGAAGGGACAAGGACAACACGGUCUUCGGGGCACGGACAGG